AUGUGGAGGCUACUUCUUAUUCUGUGGGUAUGCGGAGCGGAAGGAAAGUGCUACUGGAAUGGAAAGUGCCCAUAUAAUCUAUUCGGUACCAAGACUCCGUACGACGUGGUCAGAGGAGAUAUAAGAGAUGUCCCCGUAUUAGAAAAAUGCGAGGCGGUAAGCGUUUGGAUGAUGAUACGUCAUGGCACGAGGAGUCCCGAAAAAGAGGAGCUGGACAAGAUGAAGGCUGUGGUGGGACUUGCACCAGAGGUGGUGCGGGCACACCGAGAGGGACGUGGGGAUAUGUGUGAACAGGAUAUCGAAAAUUUGGAAAAAUGGAUUUGGAACGACGAGCUAGAUGCAUCGCCCUCAGAACUGACAGCUACUGGUACUGGUGAGUUGCAGGGCAUGGGACAAAGGUUCGGGAAAAAGUUUGAAAAUGUUCUUAAGAACUUACAGCAGCACCAGAUCAGAGCCUCCAUCGAACAGAGGACCCAGCAGAGCGCAAAUGCUUUCGCAGAUGGCCUGAUGAGGAACAAUCAGACUUUGAAUAUUUCUAGUUCUCUAAGUGACGACCUGACAGCCAGACCCUAUAGACAUUGUAAGAAAAGGUUUUAUGACAUCCUCAUCGGCCCUAAGAUCCCACAGGAAACUGAUAAAUAUCUACAAUCACAUGAAUUUAAAAAGGUACAAACAUCAAUCCAGAAACGGACGGGCCUGGAAGAGUCCCUGAGUCCAAAGACAAUUCUUCUGAUUUACGAUGUCUGCCGGUAUCAUCGCAGUAUCUCACCAAGACAGACAGAUGCGUGGUGCAGCCUGUUUAGUGAUAACGAUCUUAAGAUUCUUGAGUACGUCGAAGAUCUACAACAUUACUAUAGGAAUGGACACGGUGACCCCAUAAACAGUAAAUUAGGCGCAUCGAGUCUAAUGGACUUGUACGAGAAGUUCGAGUUAGGAACCCAGGGUGUUACCUCAUUCUCAGCAUACUUCUCCCACGAUACUAUGAUGGGUAUGCUUUAUGCAGCGUUAGGACUGUAUGUGGACCGGCCAGCUCUUUCUGGCUAUGAAAGGAUCAAGAAGAGGCGUUGGCGGACAAGCUUUUUGACUCCAUACGCGGCUAAUUUCGUAGCCGUGUUGAACAAAUGCAAUGACCCGUCAGGGAGCAUCUUUAAAGUGCAAUUCUUCGUAAAUGAGAAGGAAGUCCACCUGUGUUCCCGUCGCGCUUGCUCUUGGCAACAGUUCUACAGGAAGUUCAACAAUUUCACACAGGACUUGACUUUUUGCAACGAGACACUCGUUACUUCGUAA